GAUUGAAAAAUCAGAGAGACGUAGACACACACGCGCGCGCGCGCACACACACACACACACACGCACAUACACACACAGCAUAGGGGUUUAUAGCUGGAGUAGACUGGCAAAUUUGGUGAAGAAAGCAAGUGAGAGAUAAACAAGGAACAAUUUAAAGCUUCACGAUGCCUCGCUCGUUUCUGGUGAAAAGCAAAAAGUCCUGCUCUUAUAAUGUGCACCGCUUCGUGGACGCGGAUCCAAACGUGGAAGAAGCCAAAACAGCUCCAGAGCCUGUCCUAUCAGAAUCGAAGGACUCUCCCAAAAGGAUGCCAUUGGAUCCUGUCACAGAACCUGUUCACACAGACCCUUACUCUUAUGUGAAGCGUGAAAACAAACCCGAGUGUCCAAUCCCGUUGCGCCCCGAGCAGUCAGUCACGGCUGGCCAGCCUUAUUACAUUUCUGAGCCUCAGAUGGCUGAAUUCCCGCCUUACUAUAAGCCAUCCUAUGCCUGGGAAACCCUGCGUUCUCCGUAUGACUUCAGGCAGCUGGACUUCCACUCCACCAUCCUGCAGCACGCAAGUAACCUUUAUGGGUCUGAAUUCAAACAAAGCUCAGAAGAUCAACAGCCUCUGGAUUGCAGCACACACUACUCACCUACCUCUGAUACCUAUCACUGCAUCACCUGUGACAAGGUGUUUUCAACUCCUCAUGGCCUGGAGGUCCAUGUGAGACGCUCUCACAGUGGAACGCGACCCUUUGGGUGCAGCAUUUGCAGAAAAACCUUCGGUCAUGCCGUCAGCUUAGAGCAACACAUGAACAUCCACUCUCAGGAAAGAAGCUUUGAGUGCAAAAUGUGCGGGAAGACGUUCAAACGUUCCUCGACCCUGUCCACACACCUGCUGAUCCACUCAGACACCCGGCCGUACCCCUGCCAGUACUGCGGCAAGAGGUUCCAUCAGAAAUCUGACAUGAAGAAGCACACCUACAUCCACACAGGUGAGAAACCGCACAAGUGCCAGGUGUGUGGCAAGGCAUUCAGCCAAAGCUCCAACCUCAUCACACACAGCCGCAAACACACAGGCUUCAAGCCUUUCGGUUGCGAGAUCUGCUCCAAGGGCUUCCAAAGGAAAGUAGACCUGCGUAGACACCACGAGAGCCAGCACAGCCUAAAGUGACCCAGACGGGAUGGUGAAGAUCUGCCUGAUAUGAAGGGCCAGGACUGAGAGAUAUUCAAUAAAAAAGAAGUACAGAAUCGAGAUGAGAUGAGUCACAUCCUCACAGACAGCUAGUACAGAACAAUAAUGAAGCACCUCUACAAUAUCACUAUUAACUGAAGUAAUUAUGUGCGCCAUGGUUGCUCUUUAACACUUAAACCGAGCCGCUGGUAAAUUUCGGCCCCCUUGACAGGACGACGUAUUCUUCAUUUUGAUCUACAUGGGGCCCUUGGAAGCAUUUUAAAUGAUGUUUAAGAUUACAAUAUUCACUGAUAGGAGCACAAAUACAGCUUUCAUAUAUUAUAUUAAUACUAUUUAUGUGACUAUGUACUAUUUAUGAAAUGUUAUUUUCACACCUGUAUCCAAACUGUGUGAAUAAAGUUGUUGUUUUUUU